AUGCCUCCUCGACUUGGCCACAAGAAGUCGCGCGCUGGCUGCCGGCAAUGCAAAGCGCGCCAUGUCAAAUGCGACGAGAACCGCCCUUGCGGUAACUGUACGAGGCAUGGCGUGCCAUGCAGCCUCCUGACUUGGGCCCCUGGUGGGACACAGUCCAUGAGCAGCACGCCGCCAUCUUCAAGUGCCCAAGGAUCAAUUCAGGAAGACGACCUCAGGAGCCCUACCAAUCAGACUAUCAAUGGAGGACCAGCCCGCCCCCCGCCCACGCCGUCUCUGCCUAUCAACUUUGUCCUAAAUCCUAUACCCGGAAACGCAGACCCUCAUUCCGAGCUCUCCACCCCGGACUCUUUUCCAUUCUUAACCAGAUUCGUUAAUAGGGCGGACUACAUCGAGUCUGCUAAUUGGGCCCAAGAUCUGGAGCUCAUGCAUCAUUGGACUGCAUUUGCGGCCUGGUCCGUCCCUGGAAACGAAGAAAUCAAGAACCUAUGGAAAAUCGAGAUACCUCAGCUCGCGGUAUCGCAUCCGUUCCUGAUGCACCAGGUUCUAGCUUUCGCGGCCUUCCAUCUUGCCCAUAUACGACCCGCCGAUCAACCGAAAUACUCGCUGAUCGCAGCAGGCCACCAGAACAAAUCCAUUCGUGCCAUGAGCAAAGCUCUACCAGGACUAAUACCAGAGAACUCUGAUGCCCUCUUCAUAACCUCAACGCUUAUGCCCCUUACCGCGUUUGCAUCUAAAACCACCGAUGACCCCAUCGAUGACAUAGUCAGCCUCUUUCAGCUGAUCCGAGGCAACCACAGCAUCCUAAGCUCUGCAUUCGUCCGAAUUCUUCAAGGAACCUUUGGCCCUAUUGUUCGCACGGCGCUCGAUCCGCCGCCGCUGCCGUUGAUGGUGGAGAUGCUGUCGCAUGUGGAUCAGCUGACGGCAUUACUUGAAGACCCUGAUCUUGAACCAACCUACCGCCGCAUCUGUGUCGAAGCGAUCUACAACAUUCGUCAAGCAACCAACCAUGGAGACGACCCUGGAGAUCGCCCAAUCCGCAUAGUCUAUACUUGGCCGAUCAAGAUCUCUUCUGACUUCAUGCUGCUGCUGAAACGGCAUGAUUCCGGCGCUCUUGCGAUCUUGGCUCAUUAUUGCAUUAUACUCCAUCUCAACCAACUUGAGGGAUACUGGUUCAUUGAAGGAUGGAGUUCUCGCUUGGUGGAAGAGAUUUUUUGUCAGAUCGAUCCAUUGUGGAAACCCUACAUACAGUGGUGUGUUGAAUAUAUCAGGGGCCGUGAAGUUAUACCUUCCGCCUAA